AUGGGUUCGUCAGAAAAAAACGCCGACGAGAAACCAUUUCUCCCCCCUCCUGCUACUGCAUCCGCGUAUGCUAAACAUCAGAAGCAACACUCACCCACCGUUAUAUUACUAGUAGUUGCAUUUUACUGGCUCAUUUCUAUAUCGGUUGUAUUUCUGAAUAAAUAUAUUUUAAGUAGCUCGGAAUAUAAAUUUCCGUAUCCUAUAUUUGUCACUUGGUUUCAAAUGGUUGUCGCGAUGGUAAUUUUAAUGGUUUGGGGCUCAUUGGGAAGAAGAUAUAAGUUAUUUUCCCUUAUACCGCCUUACGAGUUUGAUUUGAGCAUCGCGCGUAAGGUCGCUCCCUUAACUUUUACAUAUGUUAUGAUGUUGACAUUCAACAAUUUAUGUCUGCAAUACGUUGAAGUUACUUUCUAUCAGAUCGCUCGCUCUUUAUCUAUAAUAUUCAAUAUUAUAUUCACCUAUACUCUCCUCGGGGCCAAAACAACUAUACCUGCUUUAUUUGCUUGCGCAAUAGUAUUUUUUGGUUUUGUGGUCGGAUCAUACGGAGAAAUCAACUUUUCAUGGCAAGGAAUAAUUUACGGUGUCAUGUCGAGUGCUUUCGUAGCAUUAUAUGGAAUAUACGUGAAAAAGACACUGAUUGUACUAGAAAAAAAUGAAUGGCGCCUUCUUCAUUACAAUACCACACUUUCGAUCAUUUUACUUUUACCGAUGGUGUUGUUUUCCGGAGAACCGAAAAAAAUAUACAUGGAUGCGUACUUUAUUGACGAAACUGGAUUCUGGAUAUUGAUGAUAUUCACGGGAGUCACAGGAUUCGUGAUCAAUAUUGCAAUGUUUUUGCAGAUUAAAUUCACCACCCCAUUGACAAACACUAUUUCGGGUACUGCGAAAAGUUGUUUCCAAACUGCACUUGCCGCUUGGUAUUUCCAGAAUCCGAUUUCAGUUAUGAAUGGAGCUGGUAUUCUUCUUGCGCUAUUCGGAUCAG